AAGAAGCUCAAAUCCUAACCUCAACAGUCAAUUCUCAAGUCCAUGCGGUGGGGAAGGUAAGUAUAUCCUCUUCUGUACAUGGCCAACGGUUGUUUAUCCCCAGUGUGUGGCAGCCAUUAGCUCAUUAACCAAUCCACCUUAUUUUCUACUCCAGCUCACUCUCACAGCCAUCACCAGUUUCUAAAACACCCAUUCAUCUCUCUCCCCCCCUCCCUCUCUCUCACUCUCUCUCUUUUGGUGAAUCACAGCCUACAGAGCAGGCCAGCCAUGGCUUCAACCAUCUCCACCGUCGGAGUUGUGAACCGAACACCGUUGAGCUUGAACCGAUCCACUUCUGGUGUUGCUGGCCCAACCUCAUCAUUCCUGGGUAGCAGAUCCAAGAAGGUUUACCAAUCCAAGAGCUUCAGAGUGAAGGCUGAAAAGUCUGAAAUCGAUGAGAAGAAACAGACAGACAAGGACAAAUGGAAGGGACUCGCCUAUGACAUCUCGGACGAUCAGCAGGACAUCACCAGAGGAAAGGGAAUGGUUGAUUCUCUAUUCCAAGCUCCUUCUGGUGCAGGAACCCAUGAUGCUAUCAUGAGCUCUUAUGAAUACAUCAGUACCGGACUUCGCCAGUAUAAUUUUGACAACAAUAUGGAUGGGUUCUAUAUUGCUCCUGCUUUCAUGGACAAGCUUAUGGUUCACAUUUCUAAAAACUUCAUGACCCUACCUAAUAUCAAGGUACCUCUCAUUCUCGGUAUCUGGGGAGGCAAAGGUCAGGGGAAAUCUUUCCAGUGUGAACUCGUCUUCGCCAAGAUGGGUAUCAACCCAAUCAUGAUGAGUGCUGGAGAGCUGGAAAGUGGGAAUGCAGGAGAACCCGCAAAACUGAUCAGGCAAAGGUACCGUGAAGCAGCCGAUAUCAUAAGAAAGGGGAAAAUGUGCUGCCUCUUUAUCAACGAUCUAGAUGCAGGAGCUGGAAGGAUGGGUGGAACUACCCAGUACACAGUCAACAACCAGAUGGUUAAUGCCACCCUUAUGAACAUAGCCGACAACCCCACCUGUGUCCAGCUCCCUGGUAUGUACAACAAGGAGGAGAAUCCUCGUGUUCCAAUCAUAGUCACUGGUAAUGACUUCUCCACAUUGUAUGCUCCCCUCAUUCGUGAUGGUCGUAUGGAGAAAUUUUACUGGGCCCCCACUCGGGAUGAUCGCAUUGGUGUUUGCACCGGUAUCUUCAAAGCUGACAAAAUUGCCCCAGAGGAUGUGGUCAAGCUUGUUGACACCUUCCCUGGUCAAUCCAUUGAUUUCUUUGGUGCCCUUAGAGCUCGAGUCUACGACGAUGAAGUCCGGAAGUGGAUAUCAGGAAUUGGAGUUGAUAUGAUUGGGAAGAAGCUUGUGAACUCAAUAGAGGGACCCCCCACUUUUGAGCAGCCAAAAAUGACAUUUGAAAAGCUUAUCGAGUAUGGAAACAUGCUUGUCCAAGAACAGGAGAAUGUGAAGAGAGUCCAAUUGGCCGACAAGUACAUGAGUGAGGCAGCUCUUGGAGAGGCAAAUCAGGAUGCCAUCUCCAGAGGAACUUUCUAUGGUCAAGGAGCUCAACAAGUUCAUGUUCCUGUCCCCGAAGGUUGCACUGAUCCAUCCGCUGAAAAUUACGAUCCUACAGCUAGGAGUGACAAUGGGAGCUGCGUUUAUUAAUUGAAUGAAUGUAGGCCUGCUCUACUUUCUAUGUAUUUUGGUUCUCUCUGAGAGGAGAUUGCACUCCGAAAAUGAAGUGAAUUGGUAGCAUUAAUACGUUUGUUUUCGUGACUGCUGCUGUGUAAAUCUUGUUGGAAAUAUAUAUUACUUUCGCGCA